AUUUUGAACCAGUAAAUUAAAAACAUUUCCAUUACAUCUGCUGCUACAGUAUUGGAUUCCACGUAAUUGCCCCAAAAAUAAUAGUUUGCCUACAAACAAAUCCUUGAACUGCUGGGAAAGUAUUUCAAUUAAUUUCCGUGUGUCAUCAACAAAGCAAAUCACAUGAAGUGCACAUCUAGCCAUGGAAGUAGCAAGUUAUUCAAGCCCAACUAGCAGUUGUGGUGGUUUGCAACCCCAGAAGACAAGAAAUACCUUCAAAAUUCAGAUGGAACAUAAGCAUCCAUCAGACUCCUCUACUGGAAACAACCCAUCAUUGACUCACAUUGAGAAAUACGAAAAAUAUUUAACCGAAUCGGUUCAAGCGCUGAAACGUAAAAAACUCGACUGCCCUAAACAGAAACAGAUAAUAUUCCUCUUGGAUCUGGCUAAUUUGGUAGUGAAAAACGAGAGCAGUUUUAACAAUUUGAAGUCAGAUACUGUGCUGCAAGAACUCAUCCUUAUAUCAAAUCCAACCCUGCUGGAGACCGCUGAAGAAGUGAAACUGCUUUUCCUGGCCAUGUUAAAUUCAGUUCUGGUUCAUCCUAGUGGGGUUGCCUGGAUGUCAGAUAAAAAUUACUGGCUGGAUGUUUAUUCGAUUAUUUUGCAACAUCAACAUGCGGAAAAUGAAGAGGUGGUUAAAGCUGGUACUCGUUUUCUGGCAACACUCUUGGAUAAAACAGUAGAAGGGAACCAGAAGUUUUGUACAGACUUCCUGCAAUUUCUCACUACACCAAUUCUGAUGACGCUUCAGCAAUAUAAAGAACCCAAAUAUACUUCGCUGGUCGCGUUCAAUCGGCACAUAUUUAACGACAUUUUGCCUACGGCUCUUUGCUUAGUGAAUCUGCUGGAAACUCUCGUUGAAAAUCGAUGCACUCAAGUAUUAAAUGUUGUUUUGGAGCUAAGAAUUCGAGAGGCUAGUGACAAGAUGUCUUCCAUGUCUGACAAAGACGAUUUCACCAUUAUCAUGUACAGAAUUGCAGUGUUGCUCUCUUUUUACGAAAUCACCGUGCUUUUUGAUGGUAUCAAAGUUAUCAACCAAAGCAUCAUGUCCAUUAGCGGAAUUUACAGGAUCUUUGCACACCAAACGGAAAGGCGCAACAUGUUUGUUCUGUCUAAAGUCUGCUACUAUGCCAUUAAAUACUCGCAAAUUGAUGCCAUCCACUUACCCAGCUAUAUGGUAAAGGAUCAGCAAGGUAAUAUGGAAUGUGAACUGAUGUGCUUCCAGUUGAUACCAGCAAUGGUGGCUUUCGACUUUUUAUCGACGAGCCGUUGUACUUACCAUAAACUGUCGGAUAUUAAAUCUUGCGUUUUGUAUAGUUUCGGAAUGGAGGCUUUGCGAGAAUGCAACCAGCAAGCUUAUAUAUUCAGGUACAAAAUCAGAAACCAAGUCAGAUACGAUUCGCUCGAUGUCUACAUUCAGAGCUUCGACUUGGUGCUGCAAACCAAACCGCUCUAUUCGGCCAAGAACAAGAACCGAAUCAUACUCAUACUGUGCUGCAUGCUGGAGGAUGCGUUUGAAUAUUUCAAAGAAGUGGCUGUGAAAAGGAUCAUCAGAUAUGAAGAGCAGAUGCUUGUUGAAAAACUGUUUGAAAUCAUUGUGGACUUUCUGGAAACUCCCAAUAUGUGCAUUGAUAAGCACCUGAAGUAUUUGGAUUUGCCCAAAGUGAUACACAAUUUUUUGUAUUACAUUAGCUGGCCCUCACCGGUAGUUGUUAAAGGGCUGCGCUUUUUAAAGUUACUGAUCAACGAGCACAUUUCCCCAGAAAUGUUACUACUCAUUGACUCAGUUCAGGAUUCCACAAUGAAAGAUAUCGGACACAUGCUUUUCGUAAAACUCUUCAGCAUUGACUGGGAAGUGCGGCAAGUUGCCCUGGGAGUUGUAACAUCCAUAUCAAAGACAGCACACGAAAGUUUUGCCUCAUUUGGAGACAUUUUAAGCCAAGCGUCUUUACCCGAAGUAGUCACAACUUUGUGCCUGGAGGAUCGAAAUCCGUUGGUAAGGGCUGCAGCUUUUCGGAGCCUUCAGGAAAUGUUCCUGGUAAACGGAAUUGAGAGCAAGCUGAAACCAGAGGAGCUGACUGGCAAAGUACUGGAUACAGUAUUAAAAGAAACCGACCCUCUGGCUUCAAAAGAGGCGAUCAAGCUAAUCACGGUGAUUUAUUGGCGUAACAGAUAUACAAGCGAUUACGGCUAUUUGCCCAAAAUGUAUAAAUGCAUGGAAGAACUAGCCUUUACUGGCAAACACCAUCUGGUUCAAGAGGAGGUUUUGAGGUUUUGGAAAAGCGUCUCUGUGAAUUAUAUGGCUUCGGUUGGAUGGGUUGACCAGUCAUUUCCUCCGAUCAUUUUUGCCAAAAGAAUCAUUAGAAUGACGAACGAAGAAGUAGCAAAACGCGUCUUUUGGGCAUUAAGUAGCCUUAGCGGUAUCGGCUGCUUGGACAUCGUCAAGCACUUUGCUACUCGUAAAGAUCUAUCUGAGAAUGUUUCUACAUUUAUUUUUCAAUGGAUGGACGACUUGUAUGAAACCUAUUACAAGCACAAGGUUACAGCCGAUUUCCUCAAAGGUUUUGAAGAAAAUUCAACCAUGUUUUCCGCUAGUUCGAAUGAUUUAUCGAAAGAAUCAGAAUUUGACACCGAUGAAAUUAUGCACAUAGUGGAUCAGUUGAUUCCUGUCGUUGAAGAUGAAGACGGAUACAUGGACCUGUUAUCAACUUCUGGUCUUCCUGAGCGCGCCCUGGACACGAACCUAAUGAAGACAAAUCCCUCGGAUUUUGUGCGUUUAAUAUACGAGAAAAUGGCAGUCCACAAAAAGCCGAAAACAUUAUACGAAGAUGUGAACUACAAAAUUGAUUAUUAGCUUUUAAAAAGGCCGUUGUUAAUUUAAGUAAUUGAGCUUCCAAGAUCAAUGUGUUUCCCGCUACCAUUUAAUAAAUGAUUGAAACUGCAAA